GAUGGGACAAAAGAGCACCUUCUGAUGCUGAUCUAGCAUCCAUCAAGGACGAGAAGCUUUUCCAAGCACAGCGCAGCACCAACAGAAUCCAUCCCAUUUCUUUGGAGGAGAGCUCUGGUGAACCUGGUGACUUCACAUCCUUUGCCUUUCCAAAGGAGCUCUGGAAAACUGUCCAAAGCCAUCAGUUUCAGUCCAUUUAGUGGCCUGAUGAUGGCAUCUGUGUUGUGAUUGAUGAAGAAGCCUUUCGAAGGGAAGUGCUGGCAUGGAGAGGACCUCACAGAGUUUUUGAAAUUGACAGCAUUAAAAAACCUCCUUUGACAGCAUAA